CCUCCUCUUCACCAUGAGAAUAAUCGGUAAACAGGAAGUGAUGCAACAUUGUACAAUGGUGUUGUAUCGAAAAAUGGAAUUUUGAUCAAAUCCAUGAGGGAAUCCAGAUGGUGUCCCAGUGCCCUGUUCUCCAGCAUGCAUAUGCCUUUUCAGACUUUUCAACUUCACAUUCAGACCACAUCUUUGGCAAGUGGCGCCCACUUACCCUGUGUAGGUUUCUUGUAAACAUGUUAACAGUCAGUGUUUUUCACCUGGAGGUCUGACAAACUUGUGCAAUUUAUUUCCCUUCUUUUUUGCCUUUGGUGGUGCAUUCCUACAUUUGCUGGUGCGUUAUCGCCACCAACUGUCGAUCAGUCAACACACUCGCACAAACAAAACAUUAUUUACCCACUAUACAUUUCUCCAUAGCACUACUGGUGGUACAGUAAUUAUACAGGAAAUACACCUUAUACCUAUCAAGGUUUUUACACACAAGAGCUUUGAACACUUUGAAACCUACAUGCAUCCUCCUGAAACAGCGCCUCUUUGUACGAGCCACUUGAAUGCAUCUGAAUGUUGAAGCUCAAGAAGACCAAACACUGUUCUCCCUUUCAUGCAUUGUUCCUCUGACCUGCCUGCUCCCUUUCAUCAAAACCCUGACAUGGGGAAAAACACCCCAGACCCCUGUAUCAAAACCUCACACAACGCUUUGAUCGUUUUUCAAAAUUGUUCAAGUAUUCGUGACACUCUGCAAGUCCUGUUUCAGGUUUGUCUUUUGGGACACCACUGCUUCCCUUUUUUUAAAAUAAACAGUUACAUUGGGGCACCCAAAAUAAAUAUUUAUGUUUUACAUUUAUGCCAUACAUUACUUUAGUGUAGUCACUUGUGAUGUUUUUGUCGUUAUGAUCCCCUAUGUUUUCAUUUGUCUCCUCAAAUACCUGUUGUCUGUACUGCACUGGGAAUAUAUGGCUGCUGACUUGCAUGAUAACCAACUUAUUUAAAGAGGAUGAAGCAGCAGAUAUGAGUGUGGUAUCUAUGUACUGUAGUUUACAUUAUUAAAGCAUUCAAAGGAACAUAUUUUAAAGAAAAUGCAACUUCUGAGAGAAAACAUCAUGUAGUAACUACCUUGUGAUUCGUUCCUGUUUGCUGUUUUCUAGAUACAGUAUUCCUGUGUCAUGGAUGUCACUUUAUUUUAUGAGCCCCUUUAUUUUUUCGUUACACCUUCACCCUCUUGUCAAAACUAUCCUGAACCCUCUUCUUCCUGGUCCCUGUUGUUGUUCCACCCGUUCAGUUUGAUGCAUGCAUCUCUAAUAGAUGCACCAAGUGAUGUUGACUGUCUCACAGGAGACGAGAAGACAGACGAAGCGGAUGAAGAUCACAAGCUGCAGGCACAUUCGCAGGAAGACAACCGGAACCAGAACCACACCACCACUGUUCCUAUAGCCAAUGGCCAUUACUUGGCAUUGGUCCCAGGCAACAGGAGGCCCAUUGAUCCGACUCUUGCAGCACGUUUUGCCAAGAUCGCAUCCCCGCCUCUAUUGAUAGAGACAAAUGCUGACAGCCACACUGGUGGAGAACAGUUAAGGAGGCUGGAGCAGCACCAAGAGAAGCUGAGAGAGAUGCAGCACCGUCAAGAGCAGGAAAGGCAAAAGAGGCAGUGGCUGGAGGAGGAGCGGUUGAGGCUGGAGCAGCAGAAGCAGCUGGAGAAGCAGCGCAGGGAGCUCCUCCAGUUGCAGCUGCAGCAGCAGCAGCAGGAGCACCGGAACCGCAGGCAGGUUCUGCAGUGGCAGCUGGAGUUGGAGCAGCAGUACCGCAUGCAGCAGAAACAGAUCCUGCAGCAGCAGCAGCAGCAGCAGCUGAGGAGGAGCCCAACUGGAGUCAUGCUCUCCCCAUCGUCAGGGCUCUGCACCAUCUAUGAAGCCAUGGAAACCAGCGAUGAGGAGGACGAGGCCAGAGGAGAGCGUAACAGGAACACACAGCUGGUAGGGAAGAGGGUGCUGUCCUCCCAAAGCGUCACACAGAAUUUCCAGAGGCAGCUGCGUCCGUUGCCUCCGCAGGAACUGGAAUGGAACAAGAAGGUGGACAUGGUCCAGCAGCUUAUCAACCAGACCUUGAUGCUGUCUGGAGACAGAGGCUGCCCUCCUCUCCUCCUCCUGCCUGUGGGGACAGGGGGCACCUUGAGUCCCUUGGAGAGCAGCAUGUGGCCCAAUAUGCUGCCCCAGUUCAGCCCUCCUGCCGCUACAGUCACCUCUGUCAGCAGCUACUCCCCAGACAGCCAGGGCAGCUCCCCACCUGGAGACUGGACUGUGGUGGAGGUGGAGACCCAGCACUGAAGACAGCUGAUUAACAAG